CACACUUUUCUGAAACUUCUUAUUCCUCGUCAUAGUUCAUUGUUUUCUCUCUCAUGGGGGUUUCUCUGAAAUCCAAUUUUGCCCUAGUGGUUUUUCGUCAAAACCUCCCAAAAAUCCAUAUCUCGACUCCAAAAUCAACUAAUCAUGUGUUUAUCACGUUGUGUGGUCUGAGAAAUGGUCCGAGAAAGCAGAUGUGGAGGUCGAGGGUUUUGUCGACAGAAGCCAUUCAGGCAGUGCAGGCGCUCAAGUUGGCAAAACCAAGUCCGAUGAAGCUCGACGAGGUUUUCGGUGGGAGACUCAGUAGGCUCUUGAAGGCUGACUUGUUGGACGCUUUGGAGGAGUUGCAGAGACAAAAUGAACUCGACUUAGCCCUCAAGGUCUUCAAGUUUGUAAGGAAGGAAGUAUGGUACAAACCAGAUUUAUCCCUAUACUCUGACAUGAUUCGGUUGUUGGGAAAGAACAACUUACUUGAAAUGGCUGAAGAGCUCUUUAGGGAACUAAAAGAAGAAGGCCUAGAACCUAACACAAGGGUAUUCACUGAGAUGAUUGGAGCAUAUAUACAACUUGGUAUGGUUGAGAAGACAAUGGAGACAUAUGGGUUGAUGAAGACAUCAGGUUGUGCUCCUGAAAAAUUGACAUUCACAAUAUUGAUCCGAAAUCUUGAGAAAGUUGGAGAAGAAGAGAUGGCAGCAGAGUUAAAAAAGGAAUGCCUCGAGUAUAUCAAUUAUCCCGAGAAAUUCCUCGAAGAGGUAGAACGCAGCAAACACCGAAAGAGGAGAACCUUGAGACUUGUCUGACAUUUUCAGAUACUUGGCAUGUAGACAAGGGGUUGGUUUACAACAGUGAUCGACCACACUAGGGGCCCAAAAUCCUCAAGCUACCAAAUUUUGUGAUGAUAUUUCUUGAGGAGUUAUUGAAAAUGGUUGUGGUUGGAUCGACAAGAGGUUUAGAGUUCGAAUCCUUAGUAUCCAAGAUUAAAAAAAAAAAAAGGAGGUUUCAUCCUAAAAGUUUGAAUGCACGCUCAUGCUUGUUAGAACUCUCUUGCCUAUGUUACAUUUUUUGAAUGGUUAAAUGACAACUCAGAGUUUGAACUCUCUUGCCUAUGUUUAAACGGAAAUAGUAAAAA